ACUGGACAAUUUACUGAACAAUUAACUAAUUCAGACAGAUAUUUAUAGUACAUAUUUCUCAAAGCAAUUAUUUGAAAUCUUUAAAUCUGCUCGGAGCGUAUAUCUUAUGAAGUUGAUAUUGAUGCUGGCGUUACUUUUGGGGAGAGAGGAAAAGGCUGAACGUAAAACGGGAAUUGUAUCCAAAAUUGCAAGUUUGUGCUGCAUUUGAUCUGAAACUCGUUUUUGAGGGUGCGCGGGUGUCGGUGCUGGUGGUUCUGGCGCGGACAGUAUUUAGGACCCGGGAUCGGAUCCUUGCUGGCGUCGCAGCUUGGUGCCUGCGCAAAGACACUGCGCAAACAUUGAAUUAAAAUCGGCGCAUUUGCCGGGCUGAUAACUGAGAAACUGGGGGAGACGCAGCAAAGCGCGGCAAGAGCCGACAACAAAAAGGUGUCCGCACUGAUCAACCAGAGCAAUCGUCCCGAAGCUUGUCCUUUUUUUAUUGUAUUUAAAAAAACUGUUAAAAAUUGGAUGGAUGAGUCAGACGUUUACUCUAAUAUUGCACAAUAAGUCGGUGCCCUGCGCACAUUUGCAGAUCGCAACGUGAGCCGGCAGCUCGUCUCAAGCUUCCUCACCUCCGGGUAUUUAGAGCUGUGCAACAAAAAUAAUCGUUUUAAAACGGUGAUGCAUCGCAGGCAUCUACAAGAAGACAAGCCGACAGCCGCGCUAAAUUAUUAAUACCCGGUACCCUAUUUGAUAAAACAACACCUCCCGACCAACUACAUAUUGCAUUACUCUCUGGCAUCGACCACCGACAUGCAAACGCUUUUCCUUUCCUGCAGCGUCAUAGCAGGAUCCAUAGUGCUGCUGGUGUCAUGUGACGCCGUGAGUCACGACCCCCCCUCGUCCCCCACCUCGACCGGACCACCUGGGCCUGCCUGGACCUCGGGCCGUGUCGCUCAGCCGGAGGUCAUGUCCUCGAGUCCAGAGACCCCCCAGUCCGUGGGGCUCACUGGCGGAUCCCAGGAGUCAGGCUUCUCCAGCGAAGAGAACGAGGACACCAAGGGGUUACCACCCGUGUACUGGGAUGAGGGAGGAGAGGUCAAUGGCACCAGUAUGGACCCCGGCACCUUAGAAGGAUUCAGUCCGGCCUCCUUCCAGCCCUCGUCCUCCCAUGCUGAGGCACCGACCGAGCAGAACUCCUCGUCCCCCUUGGUGCCCUUGGUGGAGUCGCUGGACUCGGACCUGUGGGAAAUUCAGGGGGAGUCCAGCGGUAGCCCAGCAGGCCCCGGUUACGGACCAUCCACCGUGGAAGCGGGGUCUCCUGCUCAGACCACUACGGAUCCCGAUGUUGGCCUGAUGCACCACUGGGGCCGAGCUUCAGGCCAGACCACGUCUCCCCCCAGUGCAGCGUCACAGGAAGAGGAGGGGCUUAGCCAGACGAGCGCUGAAGACUCCACUGCAUGGGCCAACUCUGUGCAGCCUGGUCACCCAUUCACCAUUAAGAAUAGGGCACGGGGCACAGCCCCAGCUGGUAGCAAGAAGGGUGCGACUGACCACAUGCACCAGUCCCACUUGACCGCCGUCCCACCUUCCCCGGCCUUCCACUCCCCUUCCGUCGCAUUUUCCGGCAUCGCAUGGGACGAGGUGGCCCCCACCUUCCAGGAUGAUCAGAAACCAGAGCUUAGGCAUGGGGGCACCGAGCUCCUCUCCGAAUCGAAACUGCACAACACACACCUCUCCCCGGAGUCACCGCAGGUGAUCUGUGUCGACUGGAGUGAUCUCACAGGGAAGGGCUACGUCAUCUUGAAUAUGUCGGAAAACUAUGAUUGUGACGAUUUCCGAGCAGAGAACGACAAGCAGCUGCUGGACCUGUUGGAGGAGGCCUUCUCCCAGAAGAUGAACAGCCCUCGGGGGUCCUGGCUGGUCUCGCUCAGCAAACCCACCCGGCAGGACCGGCAGCUGCUGAUGACCCUGGCCAGCGAUCAGGGAGUGAUUGCCACCAAAGAUGUCCUGUCAAUGCUGGGAGAAAUACGGAGGGGCUUAUUGGAGAUUGGCAUUCAGAACUUCACCAGUGUGUCCAGCUGCCAAGCCCGGCCCAGCCAGACCCGUAGUGACUACGGCAAGCUCUUCGUGGUCCUGGUGAUCAUUGGGUCCAUCUGCGUGGUCAUUAUCGCCUCGGGCCUCAUCUAUAUCUGCUGGCAACGCCGUUUGCCCAAAAUGAAGAACAUGUCUCGCGGCGAGGAGCUCCAUUUCGUGGAGAAUGGCUGCCAUGACAACCCCACGCUAGACGUGACGAGCGACGGCCAAUCAGAAAUGCAGGAGAAGAAGCACAGCGCGAACGGGGUCGUGGCGGGAUGCGGCGGCGGCGGCGGCGGAGGCGGAGGCGGAUGGCAGGUCCUGGUUAACAAGCCGGCCAAAGAGGUGCCGGAAAAUAUGGAGGAGGACACACACCUUUAAUGUGGGUGGGGGGGUCGCUUCGGGUGUGAAUGGGUGGAAAGGGGACAAAUUCGCAGAGCAGAAAAAUUGACUCCAGCGACGUCAGGAAACUGAACCAAGUCUCUGACACUUAAGCCAGCGCAAACUCUGCUUAUGCUUUGGGGGGGAAUAAGCAUAUUUUUGCAUAUCGUUAAUGAUGCGGCGCAGUUGAGUAAUGAAAGGGUAAUUUUAGCAAAUGCUUCGCUUUUUUGCGUGGUUCUAAACCCUCCUGUAAAAAAAACGAAACAAAUGGAUGUAACCGAUUUCCACAGUGGUGAAGCAUUAUUCAGUAUAUCAGUGUUGCCACAAACACGUGUAAUCAUUUUGCUGAUAUGAAUCCAAAUAGCUGAAAGGAAAUAAGAAAUUGCACUUAAACGUUGUUGAAUGUCGACGCUAAUCUUGUAUUCCGUGCCUCUUAAUUGUGAUACCCCGUCUUCCGGGAGGGCUGGCAAAAUUAGGGACUUUCUGCACUAAAUGCACAACCUCAGCUAAUGAAUACUAUUAAAUGGAUUAUUCAUGUGCACUGCAAAAAAUGGCUGUCGGUGUAACCUGUUCGAUUUAUAAAGGUUGUUUACUAACAGUGAACUUCUAAACCAUCGCGUCUUAAGACGAUCUCUCGAUAGUGUUAAAACAGCCUGCUGAUGAGAUCGUUUCGGCGCUGAUUAAUUCUCUGUUUUACCUGAAAUACAUGUGGGUCACAAGUGAACUUUCAUACAGUGUAUGACCCCCUUUGAACUAUCUGUAGUGUGCAAACGGUUACUUAUAGAUGUAAAUAUGCUUUGUGUUAAAAGGCAGAACUACCCUUGACAAUUGUGGGAACAGAACAGUGGUUUAUUUCUUUAAAAUGUCUGCGCAGUUACUUAAAAAAUGUAUGCCCUUGGCUUAUGCCAGUAGCAAAAAUCCAGCAAAAAAUUCUUUACUGAGGCAGAAAUGUUAAUGUGGAGAAAAUGUACGGAAAAUCUCUGGGCCAGGCAUCCGAUGAUGGUCGGCAUUUGUAAAUCUGAGUUUCUGUUUGAACUGUCAUUCUAUAUUAUGGUUUGUUGUUGCACCGCGAAUUUUGUUUGAAAACAGGCGCUCUGCGUAUAUACAGUAGUCUAUGCGUAGCCUUGAUUUCUUGCGUCAUUGUAUCUCUUUAUAGGUCGAUGUAUGGACUGCUGUUGUGGUAUGUAUGCUACGUAGGAAAAAGGGGGAAACUUGCAUUUCUAGUACGAGAAACAAUAGUUCGACUACUGUUUAUAUUUAUGUAUGUUUGUAUAUCGAUUUGACUUUUUUGUUACAUUUGGGUUUGCACUACAAACAUUUUGCCAUGUGAGAACUAUAGAAAAUAAACGUUUGAAUAAAACCAGCAA